GGAAACUUUCAGGCCGUAAAGCUCAGAUGUCUGCCGCGGAGAAGUCAAACCUUUUACCGGCUGAAAGCGGACCGUCGGACCGGGCAGCAGGCUCGGUUUUAUCGGAGGGCGAUACUCGGUUCUUGCGGGCGCUGCGGGACUUUAUCACGGAGGAGAAGCAGCUGCUGCGGUGCCCGGAUGUCGGUCCGGAUGAAAACAGAUACAGCAUUUACAGUUCCGUGUUUAAUAAGCUGAUUGGCCGCACCACAGCCUAUAAGAAGUUGCUGCUGGCCAUCAAGACGGAGUAUGAUGACGUCAUCAGGGCGGCGAGGAGGCGGAGCCUGGAGGCCCCGCGAACCCUGCAGCCGAGCCACCUGGUGACCCGCAGGGGGCGAGCCGCCCAGCUCCGAGACAGGAUCUCUCUCCUGCAGAGACACACAGCAGGUCUUCAGCAGCAGCUGCAGUUUCAGCAGCAGGCCAGCAGGGGGCGAUCCUCUGCACAUCAGAGCACUGACACACUCAUCCCUGGCUUGUCUCUGGACGUCCUGGGUCGCCCGGAGGCGCUGGCGGGGCUCCUGGGGCGUCUGCAGGGUGAGCGGGACGCCCUGCUGGCCCGGAGGCGGCGCUGCGUCCCGCUGAAGGUCCGGGCGGGUCUGGACGGCGAGCUGCGGGCCGCCGAGCAGCAGAGGGAGCUGCUGAGCAGGAAGAACCACACGCUGCACUUCCUAUACAGGCGUCUGCAGGUUGUGUCUGUCUGUCUGUCCGGCUGGGAGGCGAAGGGGCAGGAACUUCCUCUGGCCGACUUCCUGUGUUCGGCGCUGGAGGAGCUGGACCGGAGCGACGCGGCGGAGGCGGCGGAGCGCGGCUCCGACCGGGACCUGUUUGAGGACGACGAGCCCACCGAAGUCAACGAGUCCCACUUCCUGUCAGAUUACCUGGACAGGUUCCUCUCUCUGUUUGAAGCAGCUCAGUAUGAAGAAGCCGCUCUGCUGGCUGCCUGCUCUCCUCGCGGCGUCCUGAGGAACCUCGACACCAUGGAGAUGUUCAGAGCGGCGCAGGGCCCCCCCGGCGUGGCCCCGCCCCUCCUGAGGUUCUUCCGGGCCCUGCUGGUCUCCGUCCCGGCCGGCGGUCGCCUCCCUGCCGCCCUGUCCCUGCAGGCCGUCCGCUGUGCCCUCCAGCAAGGCAGCGUGCAGCUGGUCAGCCAGGCCGUCAGCCAGCACAGGCUGACGCCCUCCGAGGCUCUGGGCGACGCCCUCACUGAGCAUGCUCAGAACAACACUGGCUCCGCCCCCCUGUGUCUGGCGCUGGCCACCGCCGUUUACCAGGCCUGCCGGCUGGACAGGAAGUGCGCACUGAGCAUGUGCAGGAGAGGCCUGACGCACAGCGCCGCCGACUUCAUCAGCCGCUGCCCGGACUUCACUGCUGAGGACUGUGUGUGGCUGCUGUCUGUCUCUCCCAGCCCGUCUCUCCUCCUCCGGCUGCUGACGGAGCCUCGGCCGGGCCGGCCGGCCAUCUUGUCGGUGGGCGGGGCCUGUGGCGCUCUGCUGCGGCGGCUGCGGCUGCAGGCGGCGGCCCUGCGGCUGCUGGACGGCCUGAGGGCCCGAGGGCCAGGCGCUGUGGCCGAGGCCGUCCUGCAGGACGGUGGCGGGGCGGAGGACGACUGGACCGAUGUGGCGUCUCUGUGUGCCGGGCUGAACCGGGUCAGUCUGUCCCGGGACAUCCUGACCGUCCUGCUGCGGUCGGGGGGGCCGGGGGGGCCGGAGGGGCCGGGGGGGUCGGGGGGGCCGGGGGGGCCGGGGGGACGCCGCUUCAUGGAGCACAUCUUCCUGUAG